UUAAUUAGGUAUCUAAUCAAUGACACUUACAUGGUCAUUUCCCUGAUUUUGAGGGGCCGUAAAUCAGGAGGAGGAAGAGGAGAGGGAGCGGAAGAAACCAUGGCUCUGUGUUGUUGAGGAGAGUGACUCACCUCUGCAACUAAGAUCCUAACCCUAAUCCUUUUGAUAUGGCUAUUUGUUUUUUCAUUCAUUUCGCCAUACACUGAUCGAUCGAUUCGAUCAAUACUUUCUAUAUCGAAUCAGAACACCCUAAUUGGCAAUGGUUACUACCAAUGCACCUGAUUCUUCCUCUAAUUUCCCGCCAAAAAACCUCACUUCUCCGUGGGCUAAGGUUGUUCGCGGUGCUGACUCCUCCUCCUCCUCCUCCGAACCACUCAAUAAUCAUCCGCCACAUUCCGUUUCUUCAUCAUCGUCUCUCGAUUCAGCCAAUCUAGUUGCUGCUAUUACUGCUGCUGUUGUUGUCGUAGAUAACAACAACUCCAAUGCCGAUAAGAUUAACAAUGUGGUUAACGCUAACCCUAAAAAACCCGCUUGGAAGAACACAUCCAAUGGCCUCGUUGUUGCUGAGGUCAGUCCUGUAAUGGGUGCUGUCUCUUGGCCUGCUUUGUCUGCUAAGCCUUCUGCUAAACUGACAUCUGAUUCCAUCUCUGCCGUCGAUGGUGCCGGAUCAAUCUCCAUUUCUCAGGGGCCUGUUAUAUCAAACUCACCUCAGAAACAAGCCACUGCCACUGCUGCUAAUGCAAGACAUACUCCUCCAAUGAAUCAUAGUCAUAGUGUGUCUAAUAGACAACAAAAACCGAUGGAGCGCGGAGGAGGUAACAACAAUGAGCCUGGUCCUUUGUCGAACAAUUUAUCUAACCCUCCUCAAGUCAAUCAUCAACCAUCGGUUGCCCCACCAUUUCCGGUGCUUCAGAUCACUCCUAAUACUUUCUUGGUUGACGGGGUUCAGUCGUACAAGAACAAUAAUGGUUGGGGUCCAAGAUCACCAGCUGGGGGUUAUGGGCUGCCUGUAGAUGAGCACAGUCACAGGGGUAAUUAUGGGCACCGUCCACGUAACAAUUAUGGCACUAGGCGCAAUCAAGAUCCAGGAAAUACAAUGAACACUAGAGAUGCUCAUCCACCCCAACAUAGGAUGCACUCGGAGGGGUUUCUGAGGCCUACACUACCCAAUUCUGCUUAUUUAGGGUCUCAGCCUAUGCCUAUGAGACCGUUUCUAAACCCUGCAGGGUUUCAUGAAUUCUAUUAUUAUCCUACACUACAAUUUGAACCUUUUGGAGGUAUGCCAUUCUUAACCCAUCCACCUCCUCCGGCGAUGUUCUUUCCAGUUGCAGAAGAAACUCCUCCCACUACUCCCCCGACCAAUAUAAUACUCAAACAAAUUGAUUAUUACUUUAGUGAUGUUAAUUUGACGAAUGACGAAUUUCUGAAAUCGAACAUGGACGAACAUGGUUGGGUUCCAGUUUCUUUGAUUGCAAACUUCCCGCGGGUUAAAAAUUUGACAAACAAUAUCGAGUUGAUACUUGAUUCAUUGAGAAAUUCGUCGGUUGUGGAAGUAAAUGGUGACAAACUGAGGAAGCGCAAAGAGUGGGCGAGGUUUUUGUCCCCUGUUUACCAACAAGUUGGAUCUAGUUCAAUAUCCUCUGUUUGGAUCAACUUGCAAGAACAUAAUUGCUGAUUUUGAUAAGAUCACACUGGAUGAAGCCACUGUGCUUAAAAAUUCCAAAACUACCACUAAUGGGGACUCUGCAGGAGAGUCGUCGUCCUAUUAGUCCUGGCUCUCUAUAUAGUUAGGGGCAGCAAUUAAAACUCAAUACAUUUACCUCAACCAACGAUAUCUAACCCAUUAUAGUAUUUAACUGUGUUAGUCUUAAUUUUAAAAGGAGGUUUGAACGUUCAAUUCUUUCAUGACCACCCGGAUCGAUUUUGAUAGUAGUUGAGUCAAGUCAAGUAGUUUAACAAAUAAGAAUUUCAAGGAAUUAUGUUGGUCUUAGACAAAAAGAAACUGAUUAGAAAUAGAAAGGAAAAAUUUAGAAUUUUGACGGAUGCAGAUCUUUUUGGUUUUGUAUAGCUUGUAAUUAAAAUAUUUUACCAAUUGAAAUGACUUUGAUAAAUUGAGCUUGAGUUUAUUUAUUGAGUUA